GCUCGUGUCCUCGAUCUGCGCAGAAGGGGAAGCAGGGGCUCAGUCUGGAGAGCGCUCUAGACAGCGGAGGGUCACAACAGGGCAGAGGAAGGGGACGGACUUCUGAUAGGGAGGCCCUUCCUGUUUCCAGCAUUCUGACGUCUGUUUGCAAGGCAGCACUUUGGUAAACUGAGUGGCCCUAAGAGCCUGGGAAAGCCGUCAGUUUGUUUUGUAGUUUGAAGGGCGCCGAGUCCGACCAUGUCAACAUAUUGUUGACCAGACAGCGAAAGCUUUUUUUCUUGCAAGUGAAUAAGUGGAGUUUGUGACGGCUGUGUUGGCUUGCUGUUACGACGUCGGGAUUUGAGAAGGAUGGAGCUUUUGGAUAUCGACAACUGACACCUCUCCUCUUUCUAAGAACGUCCUGGGUCGUGGCCCUUUCUUGUGGAGGGCAUCUAGGGCAAGACGCGUUUAGAGAUUUGGAUACGGCGAGGGUUCCGACACGCCUAGGGUUAGACUUCAGGUUGCAGGCCGACGGUGUGACGAGCACCGGAAAACAUAGCAUUGGUAGAAAGCAUCUAGGGUUCAAGGAAGCAGGUAGUUCAGAGCAGUCGCUGGUUAAGUUCAGAUUUGCUCAGAGAUGGCCCGCCCCCCAAAGCCCGAGAUGCUCGCCUCCAGCUCUCCCACAUGCUCGAAGAACGUCACAGAGACUGUCAAUGGGAGCCAUCACUUCACAAUAAAUGGAUACUCUCUCGCCAAGGGCAUGGGCGUCGGGAAGUACAUCGCAAGCGACAUGUUCACGGUGGGGGGCUACCAGUGGGCCAUCUAUUUCUAUCCGGACGGAAAAAAUGCAGAGGACAACUCCAUGUAUGUGUCGGUCUUUAUCGCACUUGCGAGCGAGGGGCAGGACGUGAGGGCCCUCUUUGAGCUCACGCUGGUCGACAUGAGCGGGAAGGGGAAGCACAAGGUGCACAGCCACUUUGACAGGGCUCUCGAAAGCGGGCCGUACACGCUCAAGUAUCGAGGCAGCAUGUGGGGCUACAAGCGCUUCUUCCGGCGCGCCGCCCUCGAGACCUCCGACUACCUCAAGAACGACACUCUCAACCUCACUUGCACCGUUGGCGUCGUAGUGUCAACCACUCAGUCCCCCGAAAAGUUCAUCAUUCCCGUCCCUGAGCCACAGCUAGGGAUGCACUACAGCCAGCUCUUGGAGUCGGGGGAGGCCUCUGACUUGACACUAGAAGUCGACGGAGAGCAGAUCCGGGCCCACAAGCUGAUCUUGUGCGCGCGCUCCCCGGUGUUCAAGGCGCAGCUCAUGGGGCCCCUGCGGGAGAAGAGCAACACGCUACAGAUUGACGAUGUGCAAGCCCCAAUCUUCCGGGCGCUCCUCCACUUCAUCUACACGGACGCCCUCCCCGACUCCGAGACGUCCUCCAGCUCCUCCAGCAGCAGUUCCUCCACCAUCAUGGCGCAGCACUUGCUCGCCGCCGCCGACCGGUACGGGCUCGACCGCCUGCGGCUGAUCUGCGAAGCCAAGCUGUGCGAGGGCGUCUCUGUGGACACCGUGGCGACGACGCUCGCGCUCGCGGAGCAACACCACGCGGCGCAGCUCAAGAAGGUCUGCCUGCAGUACGCAGCGCAGAACCUCAACCCCGUGAUGAAGUCGGAAGGCUUUGAGCACCUGAGCGUGAGCUGCCCGGGGCUGCAAGCAGAGCUGCUGCGCGCGGUCGCCGGGAUGCCCGACGGGAUGACGCCCGACGACCUCACGAGCUCCCAGAAGGGGGCCGCGAGCGGGUCCCGCAGCGUGUGGGCCCAGGCGGCCGACGGGGCCGAUGUGAAUGGGCGGCGGGUCCGGCAGAAAACAUGACGCAGCAUCAUCGUUCUGGGAAUAGUCACUGUAGGUCAGAAGCGUCUUUGCGGUGUGUGGUAGUAGACUCUCAUAAGGGGUUGGGUCGGGCCAGCGCUCAUGUAUAGCGUCGAGCGUGCACCCCGCUUGUAGGAAGCAGGUGCAGGCAGCACUUUGCAGCGAGGGCCUUAGGGGAGGGUGACAUUGAAUCUUCACAGCUGUGAACUGAGACUUUGCAAGUCUCGGCGCAGAUCCAAGUUCGGCUGUUGUGCAUUCCUGGCUGUGCGCGAAGAAACGAAAUAAUGACGUCUGUGUUGCACCUCCUUGCUAGAUGAGGCAGGGUGUUUGGCUCUUACGAAGAGCUGAAAACCGUCUGGACACAAUGCUAAGAUCCGAUACUUCUCUAACGAUUCCGGCCUGCUAAAUUCCUCGAAUUGUGCUUUGCUAAGUCCCUCACCUUUUCA